UCUGGUGCACCAGUUCAGUCUUUCUCCACCGGAGUUCCACUGUAGACAUGCGUUGUGCUGCCCUGAUCGCUUUGUGCCUUCUCGCACUUCUGGGCCAUUUGGAUGCCAAAGGACAAACACUCGAAAAUCUUCCUCACCCUGGAUUUAAAGAGAAACCAACAUCUCUUUGCUUGUGUCCAUUUACGUUGCUCCCUGUAUGCGGAGCGAAUGGGAAAACCUACAGCAACGACUGCCUUCUCAACUGCGACAAGGUUCGGUUAUCGAAACUAGGCGCAUGUGAUUCUAAACAUAUACUUGAAAUGGAUGAGAAGAAACCAUAUUUUCCUAUCAAUGGGUCUAAGACGGAACCAAUCAAAUAUGUUCCUGGGUUUGAACGCGGUUGCGCGUGUCCAUUACAUUUUGAUCCUGUAUGCGGAUCGGACAUGAAAAGCUACGCCAACGAAUGCUUUCUCAACUGCAAAAAUGUUGGUUUGGGUAGACAAGGAAAAUGUGAUGAUAAGGAUGAUAUAGUUGGACCAGGCAUUUUGGGCGAUGGUCUUGACCCUUGGUUUGGACGCCUUUGCGGGUGUACAUUUUUGCUUUCCCCUGUAUGCGGAGUGGACGGAAAAUCCUACGCCAACGCAUGCCGUCUAGAAUGCGAAAAUGUUCGGCUGUUGAAAGAUGGCCUAUGUAAUGAGAAAGAUACAAUUCAAGUUUAAGUCAUGAAACCAUAAAGUAUCGAAAACGCUGUUAUCUUCCUACUACACACACUUAUAAAAAUACUUCCCAAAACACAGCGACUUUUUGCCAAUACAUUCAGAGAAGAAGUUCUAAAAUAAAUAAAUACACCCUCUGAAUAAAAUAAAA